AUGCCGGAACUACAGAUGGAUGUUGCUGUAGCGAACAGAUUUAUUUCUAGUCUGAGUAAAUCUCUGCAGGCUUUGUGUCACGGCUGUAUGGAUUUUGACUCCGGCAUAGAAAUUGUUGGAUACAUAAAUGUCAACAUUGACAGUGGCAGUAAAGUCGACUAUGUCCUCAAUGAGAAAGUGUUGAAAAGCACAACAAAUUCCAUGACUUUUGUGAGCAACAGUUUCCUGGCUAAGAAAGAACAACAGAAGCAAACCAGAGAUGGUGCCUGCUCACCAAUCCCAGAUCAGCAGCCGCCUGUUUUGCCACAGUAUCAGAAUCGUUUCAGAGGGUCCUUCCAUGGUCCCCACCCUAGAAACAUGGGACAGAUGUCUUUUGCGCAGCGAGGUUCACAGAAGCGUUCUUGGCCAGGAAUGGAGAGAGAUUGGAGGAUGUCACCUAAAAAACAAAGGGAAGGAAGGCUGCCACAUGAGUCCUCUGCCACCACAUCUCCAGGUGCCUACCCUCAUUUAGUCCCUUCAGCAUCCAGUCAGAGUCCAGCAGAUGGAAGUUUCAAAUAUCCACAAACAUCAGGUCAGAGUUCAGAAACAAAUACAUCAGAUGACCGGCCAGAGAUUAACAUUAAAAAAGAAAUUUUUGACAAUGACAGUGAGAAGACCAGCCAGAAUGACCAUGAUCCGUCCCAGAUAUCUGAUCAAGAAACAAAUGAAUAUUUAGAUGAGGCUUCAAAAACUAACAAUAUUCGUAUAAAAAAUGACCCUGAUGCAAUUACUUCAGCAGCAGAGGAUGAAUCCCAUGCAUCUGAAGGGGCUGGUAAUCAUCCAGAUACUGACUUUAAAGGCACAUUUCUUGAUCCUGCUGUGUCGGAAGACAAUCCUGAUAAUACUGAAGAAAACAAACAUGAGACAGAUGAGAACAUUGAUGAUCACCUUGGCACAUCACGCCUCACUGGAAAAGCAAGUCAUGAUUUAGAGGCCGACAAUGAAGAUCAGUCUGAAGCAACUGAAGACAUAACAGCAGAAAAUGCUGCCAUGGGUUCUGAAAUGCCAGCUGAUUAUGAUGAGGCAGGAGAGGAAGGGACAUAUCCUCAGUCUGUUUACUCGGACGCAGGCGAGGGGUCAAGUGAUACUGGUCAGUUUGAAGUUAUUGAAAUUGAUGACGAAGAUGAAGAUGUUCAAGCGAUGUUUGGCGGAUCUCGUGACAUACAGGACAACACAUUUGAUUUUCCUAAACAUCUUGGCUCUCAUGGUCUUGAUUCUCACACCAGGAUUCGAUUUUCACAAACAGUGGAUGCGGCGCAUUGGUCACACAUCCAAGAUGCCCAAUCCGAUUCAUUUCACUCAUUCGAUUUCAAGCCAGUUAAGAUACCGUCGAAAGAGGACUGCCGUUUUGAUCCGGUUACACAUCGCUAUAUUUGUCCAGCUUGCAAUAGUUCAUACCUAACCUAUGCAUCCAUGUGCGGACACAUCAAGCUGAAACACCAGGGACGGUAUGAGAUACACUGUGAGAUUUGUGGGAAAGGAUUCCAGCGGAAGAUUCACCUAUUGGGUCACAUGGCUAUGCAUGGGCAACCAAUGAAUUUUGAAUGUUCAGUAUGUGGAGCUAAGUAUGCUCACAAGACUUCCCUUCGUGCACAUGAAAGACUUAGUCAUGGAAUUGUGCAGUGA